AUGGUGCAGAAGCCGCGCCACGGCGGCGUGUACCCCGGCCCGAGCGGUGAGAAGAAGCUCAAAGUGGGCUUCGUGGGGCUGGACCCCGGCGCGCCCGACUCCACCCGGGACGGCGCGCUGCUCAUCGCCGGCUCCGAGGCGCCCAAGCGCGGCAGCAUCUUGAGCAAGCCGCGCGCGGGGGGCGCGGGCGCCGGGAAGCCCCCGAAGCGCAACGCCUGCUACCGCAAGCUGCAGAAUUUCCUCUACAACGUGCUGGAGCGGCCGCGCGGCUGGGCCUUCAUCUACCACGCCUACGUGUUCCUUCUGGUCUUCUCCUGCCUCGUGCUGUCCGUGUUCUCCACCAUCAAGGAGUACGAGAAGAGCUCGGAGGGUGCCCUCUACAUCCUGGAAAUUGUAACCAUCGUGGUGUUUGGCGUGGAGUACUUUGUGCGGAUUUGGGCUGCAGGUUGCUGCUGCCGGUACCGCGGCUGGAGGGGUCGGCUCAAGUUCGCCCGGAAGCCGUUCUGUGUGAUAGACAUCAUGGUUCUCAUCGCCUCCAUUGCGGUGCUGGCCGCUGGCUCCCAGGGCAAUGUCUUUGCCACAUCUGCGCUCCGGAGCCUGCGGUUCCUGCAGAUCCUGCGGAUGAUCCGCAUGGACCGGAGGGGGGGCACCUGGAAGCUCCUGGGCUCUGUGGUCUACGCCCACAGCAAGGAGCUCGUCACCGCCUGGUACAUCGGUUUCCUCUGCCUCAUCCUGGCCUCGUUUCUGGUGUACCUGGCGGAGAAGGGAGAGAAUGACCACUUUGACACCUAUGCGGAUGCGCUCUGGUGGGGCCUGAUCACCCUGACGACCAUUGGCUAUGGGGACAAGUACCCCCAGACCUGGAACGGGAGGCUUCUGGCAGCAACGUUCACCCUCAUUGGCGUCUCGUUCUUCGCUCUUCCUGCGGGCAUAUUGGGGUCUGGCUUUGCCCUGAAAGUCCAAGAGCAGCAUCGGCAGAAACACUUUGAGAAGAGGCGGAACCCGGCAGCGGGCCUGAUCCAGUCCGCCUGGAGGUUCUAUGCCACCAACCUGUCGCGCACUGACCUGCAUUCAACGUGGCAGUACUACGAGCGCACGGUGACAGUGCCCAUGUACAGCUCGCAAACCCAAACCUACGGGGCCUCCAGACUCAUCCCACCUCUCAACCAGCUGGAGCUGCUGCGGAACCUCAAGAGCAAAUCUGGACUCACCUUCAGGAAGGAGCCUCAGCCGGAGCCGUCUCCAAGUCAGAAGGUCAGUUUGAAAGAUCGUGUCUUCUCCAGCCCCCGAGGCGUGGCUGCCAAAGGGAAGGGGUCCCCCCAGGCCCAGCCUGUCCGGCGGUCGCCCAGUGCUGACCAGAGCCUCGAUGACAGCCCAAGCAAGGUGCCCAAGAGCUGGAGCUUUGGAGACCGCAGCCGGGCACGCCAGGCCUUCCGGAUCAAGGGUGCCGCGUCCCGGCAGAACUCAGAAGAAGCAAGUCUCCCUGGGGAGGACGUCGCAGAUGACAAUAAGAGCUGCAACUGUGAGUUCGUGGCCGAGGACCUGACCCCGGGCCUCAAAGUCAGCAUCCGAGCUGUGUGUGUCAUGCGGUUCCUGGUGUCCAAACGGAAAUUCAAGGAGAGUCUGCGGCCGUACGACGUGAUGGACGUGAUUGAGCAGUAUUCUGCUGGCCACCUGGACAUGCUGUCCCGGAUCAAGAGCCUGCAGUCCAGGAUAGAUAUGAUUGUGGGCCCCCCACCCCCUUCAACUCCCCGGCACAAGAAGUACCCCACCAAAGGACCCACGGCCCCUCCGAGAGAGUCACCCCAGUACUCACCUAGAGUGGACCAGAUCGUGGGGCGGGGCCCAGCAAUAACAGACAAGGACCGCACCAAGGGCCCAGCCGAGGCGGAGCUGCCGGAGGACCCCAGCAUGAUGGGACGGCUCGGGAAGGUGGAGAAGCAGGUCCUGUCUAUGGAGAAGAAGCUGGACUUCCUGGUGAGCAUCUACAUGCAGCGCAUGGGCAUCCCCCCGACAGAGACCGAGGCCUACUUUGGGGCCAAAGAACCGGAGCCGGCGCCGCCAUACCAUAGCCCCGAAGACAGCCGGGAGCACAUGGACAAGCACGGCUGCAUCAUCAAGAUUGUGCGUUCCACCAGCUCCACGGGCCAGAAGAACUUCUCAGCGCCCCCGGCCGCCCCUGCCCAGUGCCCGCCCUCCACCUCAUGGCAGCAGCAGAGCCACCCGCGCCAGGGCCAUGGUGCCUCCCCUGUGGGAGACCACGGCUCACUGGUGCGCAUCCCGCCGCCACCCGCCCACGAGCGGUCACUGUCUGCCUACAGUGGGGGCAACCGGCCCAGCACAGAGUUCCUGCGGCAUGAGGAUGCGCCAGCCGGCAGGUCCCACGAGGGUGCCCUGCGGGACAGCGACACGUCCAUCUCCAUCCCGUCCGUGGACCAUGAGGAGCUGGAACGUUCUUUCAGUGGCUUCAGCAUCUCCCAGUCCAAGGAGAACCUGGAUGCCCUCAACAGCUGCUACGCGGCCGUGGCGCCUUGUGCCAAAGUCAGACCCUACAUUGCAGAGGGCGAGUCGGACACAGACUCGGACCUCUGCACCCCAUGCGGGCCCCCGCCACGCUCAGCCACGGGUGAGGGCCCCUUUGGGGACAUGGGUUGGGCCGGGCCCAGGAAGUGA